AUGUUCUGCCAAAUCGAGGUUGUCGCGGUGUGGUCCAAGGGGGAUCUGCCGAUGAUUGCACAGCAACACCAGUAUAGGAGAAGACCUGGAAUCUUUCACCAUCCCGUCGGAACAGCGCCGGACGCAAAUCAAUUUACCUCCGAGCCGACACACAACCUCAAAACCGUAUUCGAAAUGGCCCAACGCGUCACCAUCCGCAAGCGCACUCCCUACAACACCAAGUCCAACCGCAGGAGAGUCGUCAAGACCCCUGGUGGAAAGCUUGUGUACCAGCACUUGAAGAAGCUUGCGACCUCACCCAAGUGUGGUGACUGUGGGACUGCCCUUCCCGGUGUCCCAGCUCUCCGUCCUCGCGAAUACGCAACGAUUUCAAAACGCCAAAAGACUGUGCGACGGGCGUAUGGUGGAAGCAGGUGUGGUGACUGCGUCAAGCAACGCAUCCUCCGUGCGUUCUUGAUUGAGGAGGCCAAGAUCGUCAAGAAGGUGAUCAAGUCUCAGGAAAAGGGAGCUCCUCGCAAGUAA